AUGGUGGCGCAAGCUCAGGCCGUGACCGUGUCCCUCAAGGACCUCACCGAUGGCACCGUCUCGUUUGAGACCCUGCAGGCGGCCUUUGGGCCCGACUCGCUCGGCAUCCUGGUCGUCAAGGACGUGCCCCAGGACUUUGCCCAGCUGCGCCACAUGGCGCUCUCCUAUGCAAGCUAUCUCGGCAACUUGCCCGCGGCGGAGCUAGAGAAGCUCGAAAACGUCAAGGCCAAGUACCUCACCGGGUGGUCCCUCGGCAAGGAGACGCUCAAGAACGGGCAGGCCGACACCUUCAAGGGCUCCUACUACGCCAACUGCGCCUUCUACGUGGACCCGUCGCUCGAGUGCGCCGUGCCGACGGCCGAGUUCUCAGCCGACACAUUCCCCGAGUACCUGUCGCCGAACCUGUGGCCGCGCGAGGAGGUGCUCCCCGGCUUCAAGCCCGCGGUCACGGCCCUCUGCCGGCUCAUCAUCGACGUGGCCGUGCUCGUCGCCCGCGCGUGCGACCGCUUCGCCGAGCGCGAGAUCCAGGGCUACCCGCGCGGCUACCUCGAGCACGUCGUCAGCACGUCGAGCACCACCAAGGCCCGCCUGCUGCACUACUUCCCGCAGGGGCUGGACCGCAACGACGGCACCACCGAGGACGACUGGUGCGCCACGCACCUCGACCACGGGUGCCUCACGGGCCUGACGUCGGCCAUGUUCAUCGACGAGAAGGAGGUGAGCCCCGCGGUGCCGCGCGACGCCGCCGCGUCCGCCGGGUCGGGUGCCUCGCUACCGCCGCUGCAGGAGCUCGGCGCGUCGCCCGACCCCGAGGCCGGGCUGUACAUCAAGUCGCGCACCGGCGAGACGGUGCAGGUCAAGAUCCCGCGCGACUGCAUCGCCUUCCAGACGGGCGAGGCGCUGGAGCGCAUCACGGCGGGGCGGUUCAAGGCCGUGCCGCACUUUGUCAGGGGCGUGCGCGCGAGCGUCAGCGACGGCCGCGUCGCGAGGAACACGCUCGCCGUCUUCACGCAGCCCAACCUCGGCGAGGAGGUGGACAUUGAGCAGCACCUGACCUUUGGCGAGUUUGCGCGGGGCGUCGUGGCCAAGAACACGGUCUCAUAG